UAUUUACACAGUGUUUUAUCGUUUUAUGUGCCACGAACAUUUCUUACACUUUGUAUAUAAUACAAUAAACCACGUUGCAAUAAAAUGACUCAUUUAUUUUAUAAUUUAAGAAUUGAAUAUAGCAUAAUGACCUGUGUUUAUGUUCAAAUCAAACAUAAAUAAUUUUCUUGAAUUCCUGUAAUUUGCAUUUAGAAAAGAAUAAUUAAACAAAAAUGUCACUUCGAGAGAGUAUUUUCAGCAUUGGAUCACGAAUGGCUCAUAAACAUGAGGACAUGCAUUUCGAUGUUAUGACUGACGAAGAACUGCAACAGAUGCAAGAUGAUUUAUUACAAAGAAUCUGGAUGUUAACCUUAGAAAAUGACGUGUACGAGCGUUAUCUAAUGCGACACGAUCCUCCGAGCGUCAAAAAGAUAUCGGCCCUUUUGGAAAGAGCAAAGUUCACCCGAAGGGUCACCGCAUACAUGGUGCCCAGAUCCUCGCGGAUGAGUUUUCGCGGCAGCAUAAUAGCCCUCCACGACCCGACUAAACACAGUUUCACCAGUAAUCUCAGUAAUACCAGCCUCCAUUCGGGAAGUCGACUUAGAACACCGAGCCUAUUAACGGUGGGAACAGCUGGCGAAACUUCCAAAAUUACGAUCGCUCAUCGAAUGAAGAUGGCGAAGAACGAGGUGGAGGAAAUGAGAAAAGUGUUGGACAGGUUCGGGGAAGAGACGAGAAGAAAGAAAACGUACUUGAGAGCAGAAAUCGAGGAACUUGAAAUUCGUAUCACCGAAGUUCAAGAGGCCAGGGACGAAUUCGAAGAAGAGGUUGUCGAGAAAGGUGUGAAUCGUAUCACUGGAAAGAUUCCAGCCGAGAAAAUCGUCAGAUUCGUCGAGGAGUGGCUACGAUCGGCGAACACGAUAAUAGAACGACUGAGGCUGAAAAGCACGACGUUGAGGGCGCAGAUGAAAAAGGCUGAACAACAGCUGAUCCAGAGGAAGGAGCUUGGCGAGUCGCUUCACCCGGUUGACUUUGAACAAUUGAACAUCGAGAACAAGGAUUACGUAAAGAUGAUCGAGGAGAAGAAUCGCUACGUGAUCGGGAUGAAGAGAAUCGCAGGUCAUUAUCAUUUAAAAUUGACCCAGAGAAAACAGAAGCUCGACGAUCUUUUGUCCGCUUUAAAUCAAGUGAAAAAAGAGACCGCGAUGAAAGAGGAACAGAUUAAACAGUUUAAGGCUGAACUGAAGAUUGUGAAGGUGAAGUUGAAGCAAAAGACUAUACUGUUGAAGAAUUUAUUGACCUUCAUGGAGAACCACACUGCACCAAGUAUUCUAGAAUUCGUGUACCUGCAAGCAGAUUUCCAGGAGUUAGAAAAGGCUUUCAAGCGCCUGCAGAGACGCAGAGACAUCGAUCGAAUAAUAUAUCAAACCUAUAAGAAAUUGAUGUAUAAAAGAACUCGCGGGAGUAUAGAUUACAACUUUUCAAAAGCGAAAAAGAUAUCCGACACGAGAUAUCCUGUUCAACCAGUGUUCUAAAAUCCCACACCUACUUUUUCCUGCAAUUUUGGUUCGUCCUCUGUAAAAUCAUUCCCGCUUGCUGGAAACGGGAAAAUGAAAU